GACGUGAGCGCGCGCUGCUCUCAGAGCCACCGCGGGAAAAUUCCAAAAAAACAAAACAAAACAAACCCCCAAUACGAGGCAAAGCUAAGCUUUCCAGCCACAAAAUUCGGGCGGUGGCUUCCUUUCCGCCAAUGACCAAACUGCUGAAGCAGCUCUGGCAAGGACCACCCGGCCUGUCUGUUGUCUGACUGAAAGGAGAUACACCUCAAUGAUGGGAUCAGUUCCAAGCUUGAAAGAUGUCUGAGGACAAUAGUUAUUGGAGUUCCCUCCUUCUCUAUCAGACCAAUUUGAUACGUGCACACUUUCUGUCAGUGUUCGGCAGGCCAGUGUGAAAGUACUCCACCUUUUCCCGUCUGCAAUGGCUCACAAGUUAGCAGACCUUUCUUCUGAGUAUGAGUUUUGGAUGCAGAAGCUUUCUAUAUGGGACCAGGCCUCCACUUUGAAAACACAGCAAGAUACCUGUGUUCAUCUGUCUCAGUUCCAGGAGUUCCUAAGGCGGAUGCAUGAAGCUUUGAAAGAGAUGAAUUCUAAAACAAUCAUUGAAAAUUUUCCCACAAUUGGUCAACUGUUAGCAAAAAUUUCCUGGAAUCCUUUCAUCUUAGCAUAUGAUGAAACCCCCAAAAUUCUAAUAUGGUGCUUAUAUUGUCUGAUGAACAAAGAGCCACAGAAUUCUGGAGAAACAAAGUAUAACUCUUGGAUACAGAGUUUAUUAUCUCAUAUACUUUCUGCAUUUAGAAUGGAUAUGAAAGAAGUUGGUCUUUUUUGUCAUGGUCUUGGGUAUGCACCUGCUGAUUACUGCCCUCGUUUGCUUAAAAAUAUGGUUUCAUCAUUAGUGUCUGAACUGAGAGAGAACCAUCUUAAUGGAUUUAACACUCAAAAGCGGAAGAAGAUUCAUCUCCCAGCAGUGGCUAUCAUCUGCCUCUGGCGUCGCCAUCUUCCCAGCUUUGAAAGAGCAGCUCUGCACCUGGUGGAAAAGCUGAUCUCCACCGAGACAAACAGUCUGCACAGGGUCGAAUGCUGUCUCAAAGAUUCAUUGCUGCCUCAAGCAGCCUGUCAUCCUGCCCUAUUCCGACUCGUGGACGAGGUCUUCAGGUGUGCACUCCUGGAAACCGAUGGAGCCCCCGAAGUAGUGGCUGCUCUUCAGGUGUUCACACGAGGCUUCCUAGAUGCUCUGGAGAGAGAGAACAAGCAGCCGAAGUGUACACUUAAGACCUAUUUUCCCUAUGCGUCUCCGUUUCUUGUCAUGGUUCUACUCCAGCACCCUAAAGAUGUCCCGCAGCGACUUUGGUGCCGGUCCUUGACACACAUCUCUGCAACCCUUAAAGAAACGGUAGAAAGCCAGGCUGAUGGGUCCCAUGGAGGCGCCUUUGAGAGCUGGUUUUUGUUCACUCACUUUGGCGGAUGGGCUGAUAUUGCGGCUGAGCAGUUGCUGAUGUCAGACGCCGAACCCACAGAGGCCCUGCUGUGGCUCCUGGCAUUCUCCUCCAGCCCCCACGAUGGGAGUCAGCAGAGAACACAAACCAUGGUAGAGGUGAAGGCAGUGCUUGGAUGCCUCAGGAAGCAGUUCAGGAGUCUGACCCUCUCUGGCCGGGACCUACUAGAAGCUGUGGGUGAGAACAGAGAACCCGGCAUCAGGACGCUGACAUGUCAACAGCUGACCAGGCGUCUCCUCCUGAGCUUCCUGCUCUGGGCUCCUGGCGGCCACACCAUCGCCCAGGAUGUCAUCACACAGCUAGCUCAGACUGAAGAGAUGACCCGGGAGAUUAUUGGCUUUCUUGACCAAACGGUAUACAGAUGGGAGCAGCUUUGCAUCGAAGCCCCUAGACUUGGAAUGGUGGCCAAAGAGCUCCUAACGGAACUACAGACUCGAGCCAAGCACAGCUCUGCACACCAUGUGACUGGGGUGAGAGGGAGGUCAGACUCACCAAGGCCACAGGACAGUGUCCACUCUGAGGUGUGAGGAGGAGCAGGCCAGCAUGGGAAGGUCUGGUUGUACAGUGCACAGAAUGGGAAGGAGAGGUGCUUCAACCCAAACUGGGGCAUGCCUUCCCUGUCCCUGCUCAUGUAAGAUGGUAGAGAAUCACCAAGGAAAAACUUCGCUGGGAAAUUGACUUCGUUUUUUGUUCUCUCGUUUUUCCCAUAUCACGUCAAGAGGCACAGCUAUUAUUUGAUGGCUUCAAGUCUUUGGAUCAGAAAAUUGGCCAUGAACCACAAGUGAAUUUAGAGAGGAACUUAGCCCUUUUUCACAAGUUUUUUGUUUUGUUUUAAGUCAGGUCAUCGCUAAAUGUUUUCCUUUUGAAUCAUUGGAAUCUGAAGCUCUUUUUAUAUACGACAAAGCCAGGUUCUUUUGCUUCCCUAAGAAGUUCUUCAUCUAAAAAAGUGACAUCCCUCAAAUUUCCCUCCAGCCUCCCCAAUCUGACCAGGAAGAAUCAGACCACACCCAAGCGCAGGAGCAGGAAGGGGUGAUAGGCUACCAGACAAGGAAAGACAUGGUUUUCCACCCACUGUGAAAGCUAAUUGCACUCCUUAGGAAUGAAAUAAAGCCAGCCUUAGUAUUGACCCGUUUUUCUUUGUAUUUUACGAAAUGUUGACUAUUCAGAAAAGAGUUCUUUUAAGUAGUUCAAAGAUGGCCAACAGGCGAGGAAUGGGUAUGUUUUCAAAACAUUGCAACAAUAUUGAUUGUUCUGUUGAACUAAAAUAGAAGUUGAAAUUCCUAAUAAAAAGUUGGUAACCACAAUGUUAACA